AUAAUGCAAGCAGACACGUAGCCCAUUCUCCCUUGACCAUUGUGGGCUGGGCUAUAAGGCACUUCCACAUACUCCAGAAGAGCAGUCACUGCCUGCAGAGAUGUGUUGCGUCUCGCUGAUCCUCCUCGCCUCAUUCUGCUUCCUUGGGAAAGCCACUGGGAAGCUGCAAGUGCAGGCAGACCCCUCCCUGGUGAAAGCGGCAGUCGGAGACGAUGUGUUGCUGAAUUGCAUUUUUACUGUCCACGGAGCUGCUGUGGACCUCAGCCGCCUCUCAAUCCUGUGGUUCCACCGGGGCAAACAGCUGGCAGAGUUUGACGAUGUGGUGAGCGUGUUCAGGAAAGGUGUCAGCCUGAGCCAAGAAGAGCUGGUGAACGGAAAUGCUUCCCUACACAUCUCCCAGGUUGGUGCUGAAAACUCUGGUAACUACAGAUGCUACAUCACAUACUCACCUGAAGUACGUGUCAGGGAAGUGACUCUGCAAGUUGCAGGCCCUUCACAGCAAUCUGAAGACCUGGAAGAUUCAUAUUUAUCCCCACCAUGUCUUGGCCAUUCAGAGGUCCUAAGCAAGCUGGAUCAAAUUGUAAAGGCUCUGGAACAACUUGAGGCAAAGCUUCAGGAGUUUGUGAGCGGUAACAGCUCUACAAGAUGCAGUUCUGAAACUGAUGUUGUCUCCCAGGAAGUGCCCACACACUAAUCAUCACAUUUCUGCACAACUAUGAAUUUAAACUGGCUUCAACCCCAUGUAGCUGAAAACUUCCAUGCCAUCCAAGGAACUGUGAAAAUGGCAGUUCCAUAGCAGGAUACAUUACUAUCUUAAAUCAUUUUUUCAAUACUUUUAAUUUUCAGGACUCUUGGGGAGAGUUACGACCAUUAAACCAGUUUCAAAAUUUAA